UUUCCCGAAGAUACAGCGGCAAAGUCAAGUGUUUAUUUUUGAAAUAUUAAUGGAAGUUAAACAAAAUGAGACAGAAAGAAAAGUUUCCUAUUGUUCUUGCUCUUUUCUAUUUCAUCCCAGCGUAUUGAGAUUUUCUGUGCUAAUACUAACCUUUUAGCAUUUUUAAGUAAUAAUAAUGGAUAAUCGGACUGAGCUGUCUCGUUACGGUUAGUUAACAAACCUAAAUAGGGUAUUAAUUACUUGUUUGUUAUUAAUAAAGGUUAUAAACCUAAUAGUUUAAAAGGUAGAUUGCAGCAAUGCCUCUUGGUACAUAUUACGGUCAGCGCUCAGAAAUGUAAAAUUUCUAUUUAUGCAUUUAGUCCAGGAGUUGUACACCUAUACUGCUGUUGCUGCUGCUGUAGCUGUGGAGCUGUCUAGAAGCAAAGAAACUUCCAUAGAUGAUCAUCUGUGUGUUCUUCGAGACCGUUUUACAGCCAAGGAUGCAGGUGUAAGUCAGGCCUGUGUUGCCAAAUGUGCAGUGCAGCAGAACGUCAGUCAGGACUCGGCAUAUGGUUCUCAAGAUGCGGACUCCUCCAGUUCCCAGCAGAAUCACGAGCAAAGUGCCACAACACCACAGCAAACACUGGUGGUCCCAGAGACACAGCAAGAUUCGCAGACCGCAAGUGCCCCAGCCGAUUGGGCAGGAGUUCUAGACCCUGGUCACGAGAGGAAAAGUCCUGACAUUGACUCGAUCUGCAAUGCCCUGGGAAACCUUGCCACCGACAGCGCCGACUGUCGCGUCGGUGCCAGAGAAGAAAGCCGCGACGACCAGCAGGACGUGCGGAAGGCUGCAGUGGAAAACGCCCGCUUCAUAUACGCCAUCAUCGGUCUGAGGUUCGCGGCGAGGAGGGAGGCCUUCGUCCCGGCCAGCACGGUGAACCACUUCCUAGGCGCUGCCGGCAGCUCGGGCCCCAGCCUGCUGGCGGCGGCGGACUGCGACGUGGCGAGCGCGCUGGUGCAGUAUCACACCCAGCGGGCCCACGAGCACCUCCUGCAGAGCAUGAACCAGGCGGUGGGGGCCCUCGGCACCCUGAUACUGGACCCGCGGCCUCGCGUGGUCCGGGAGCGCUUCAACGGCUGGGAGAACUCGUCGGAGCACUACGUCCUCGACAACGUCUGUUCCGCUCUCGACUUCCUCUGCGACGAGGGCGGCGAUUCCUCCGAGUACGUCACGACUUGUGUGGAGCUCGUCAGAUCUUUCGUGGACAAAGUAAUGGAGGAUGAAGAUGACAAUAAGUUCGUGAUGUGGGAGCAGCAGUGCGGGAUGCUGCUCAGACUGCUGGGGCACAGACACGUGUGCGGGUCGGCGCUGAGCCUGCUCGUCGAGAACAUACAGCGUCUGGCGGACGGCGUGAGGCGCGACGCCGGACUCCCCGCGCCGGAGCGCGUGCAGGGGAUGCACCGGUCGGCCUCCGCGGAGUCGAGGAGCUUCUACGUCUUCAGCCUGGCGGAGGAUCUCCUCGUCCGGUACAGGAAGAUCCACGGGGACUUGGCCGCCAGGUGCAGCGAGGCGGACGGCUCGCGAGAGCCCCGCCGAGGUGCGAGAACCGUGGACGCACUCUGGAGGGACGCUUUCAGCCACGAGGACGACGCGAGCUCGAAGCUGAGGAGUUCCCGGCAGUUGAUAUCCGCCUGGAAAACUUCCUUGGCAAGUGCGGCCAUGACUUUCACGAACCACAACGCCCACCUCCUGAGUAUUUACGCAUGGUCUUGUGUCGAUCUGGCGAAGGAUCUGCAGCAGUAGACGGGAUGUUCUCUUGUCGGCUGCUGGUCGUGCACGUGUGGAAUGUGUAAUUACUGUUCGUUUGGUUGUACCCAAUUGUUUCCAUUGGAAACUGUAAUGUUUUAAUGCAAGAUGUUAUAAAUAAAAUUUGAGGGAAAUGUAAUAAAA